AUGCAAGCCUAUCCGGCGUAUGAAGGGACACCGUGUCCUCAUUUGGAUGAACCCUUCGGAGUAAGUGACGUGCGACGAGCCCUGCACGAACUCAACGGCGGAUCAGCACCGGGUCCGGAUAGGGUUAGCAAUAAAGCACUUAGAAACUUGGAAGAUGACUCUGUUGAAUAUCUCACUGACGAGAUUAAUAAGAUUUGGAAGGGAGGUGAUAUCCCGGAGCAAUGGAAGCUGGCCAAGGUGAUACUCAUACCCAAGCCCGAGGCGUCGUUUCUGGGCGAAGGCUUCGUCUCGCUAGAGCUGGAGGACGCGCGCGAGAGCACCGACCUGAGCCUGCGCUUCCGCACGGCGCGACCCGACGGACUGCUGCUGCUCGCCGCUGGGCCCGACGACUACUGCCUGCUCCAGCUGACCGGGGGUCGGCUGCGGCUUCGGCUAGAGCUUGGCGCCGGCGAGCCGGCGCUGCUCGAGAGCCCCGCGGGCGUGCGGCUCGACGACGGCGCGUGGCACUCGCUGCAGCUGCGUCGGAGGGGCGCGCUGGCGCUGCUCCUCCUGGACGGCGUGCACGAGGCACGGGCCCAGCUGCCGCCGCGCUUCAUCCAGCUGGACAUCAAGUGGGGCCUGUUCGCCGGUGGACUGGGAGACUUCCAGGACCUGUUCCUCGGGCACCUCCAAGCCUUCCGAGGCUGCAUGGCUGACGUGAUGUUCAACGAGGUGGAGCUGUUCGAGACCGCAGCCGCGUCGUCGGUGGGCGUCGUGUGGGGCGAGUGCAGCGAGGAGUUCUCGGCGAGCGUCGACCAGCCGUUCAGCCUGGUGGAAGCGGACGCCUACCUGGCACUGCCCAAGAUGAACGCGCGCACGGGUGGCUCUCUCGCCGUCGAGGUGCGCACGCAAGCGCCGUUCGCGCUGGUCGCCUACUGCGCCGGGCCACCUUCCAAGGACGACUUCGUGGCCCUCGAAGUGAUCGACGGACAUCCCAUGGCUUCGCUCAACCAGGGAAACGGGGUGGUGACACUUCGCAGCGAAGCAUCCGUAAACGACGGCCGUUGGCAUCGGCUUGGUCUGCAGUUUGGCUCAUCACACGUAGAGCUCAGCGUCGACGGCAGUGUCGAGUCUUUGCGAACAGGCCUGGGUCGCAACCAGUUCUUCGACCUGUCGGGUCCGCUCUUCCUGGGCGGCCUCGACGUGUCGGCGCAGUCGCGAGCCGUGCUGGAGCACGGCCUGCAAUCGGAGACGUCGUUGCGCGGCUGCCUACGACACGCGCGCGUCAACGACGUCCCCACCGGCCUUCCCGACGCCCUCGUCACCAGAGGUCUCAAGACCGACUGCGUCUGGGAGUUCCCGUGCCUUCAGGACCCGUGCGAACCGGGUGCCCGGUGCGUCCAGGAGGGUACCGACGGCUUCAAGUGCCUCUGCGAUGCUGCCACCGCCGCCUCCAGUGGCGGUGGUGGCCGCGUCGACUGCGUUAGGACUAACUUCACCGGUCCCUACAAGGUGUACGCGUCGUCGCUCGACCAGCUACUCGCUUUGUCCCCUUUGCGCGUGGCCGAAGGCGGCAGUGACCUCGUGACCACCGAGCACAUCCGGCUGCUGGUCGACCACCGUGACCUGGGUGUCAGUGACACUGGCGUGCUCUUCCACGUGAUGGACGCGCCCAAGCACGGCGCGCUCGAGAUCGAAGUGUGGCACCGUGGCACGCCCGACAACGUGUUCACGCUGGCCGACCUGUCGACGCACAAGGUCCGCUACACUCACGACGGCUCCGAGAACCACAGGGACUCGGCAGUGUUCGAGCUCGAGUUCCGCUCACGCACGUUCGACCUGCCUGCCGCGCUUAAGGAGCGCAAGCGGUUCGUGCUGCACGUGCUGGUGUCUCCGGUCAACGACGCUCCCAGGGUCAAGGUGUCUCCGGGCAAGCAGCUACGGCUCGCCAAAGGCACGCGCAAGGUGCUCUCUCCCGACCUCCUACACGCGGAUGACGAGGACACGCAGCCGUCGCAGCUGGUGUACACCGUGCUCAGCCUCGGGGAUGGGGACAAGGAUGGCUUCAUGGAGCACGCCGACAGGCCGGGAGAACCGCUUAGGACCUUCACACAGGAGGACAUUGACCGGCGCCUGGUGAGCUUCGUGCACCGGGGCCGCGAGGCGGAGUCGCACGUGGCGCUCGGGGUGUCGGACAAGGGCGGCGGACCGUCCGUCUCGGACAGCACGCAAACGGUGGUGCUGCGCGUGGUCACCUUCGAGCUGAGCCUUGCCCUGGUCAACAACACGGGCCUCAUGGUGGCCCGUGGAGGGUGGGCGACCAUCAGCUCUGCCAACCUGUCCGCCGUCACCAAUGCCCCCGACCAGAACCUCGAGAUACGCUACGAGGUGACAAGGCCGCCUCGUCGCGGUACCCUGGAGCGACUCAAGAGUACCGGCCGAUGGUCUCCCGUGGGACACUUCAGCCAGCGGCACAUCGUGCGCGGCAAGGUCCGGUACGUGGAUAGACUCAAGGAGGAUCCUCAUCCGACGCCACCGAUUCAGCCAGAACCUGGCAAAGACGGCGCGGCGGUGAGCGUGCCCGACGAAGACUCAGCCGCCUCGGACAGCUUCCAGUUCUUCAUCUCGUGCGCCAGCGCUCGAGCAGGACCGUACGAUUUCCGGCUGUCGUUCGAGAGCGUUCAGGCGGUGCACAACGAGCAGCUUACCCUCGAGGGUGUGCUCGAGGGCGUCGUAAGCGCCGCACAUCUCACGUACGCCUCGUGGCCCAAGCCGUCGGCUGCCGACGCCGUCGUCUACACACUCGAGCAGCCGCCGCAGGCCGGUAACCUGCUGCUAGCGGUUCUCCCGCACGGCGCCGCAGCCCCUGUGGUGCUUGCGGCAGGCAGUCAAUUCACGCAGCUGCAGAUUGACCAGGGCCUGCUGCGCUACCAGCUCAAACGACGCGCCCUGACGCGCGUGUCGGACGUGUUCCGAUUCCGUGUGUCCACGGACGGCGGAGCGCAGGCCCGCGACCAGGAGUUCCGCGUGUGCCACAUGCCCAAGGACGCCGUGCUCGUCAGCGAAGAGCUGACCGUCGCCGAAGGUGGCCAGACGGCGCUCGGAGGGCUGCGACCGCUGCUGCAGGGUCGCCGGGCGCGCUUCAACGUCACACGCGCGCCCAGCCACGGCGAACUACGCCUUCUAGACGCGACCCGAGAACGCGUCGAACAGCGCGCCGUGCUCAACUUCACUUCGGAGCAGAUGGAGGCCGGUCGUCUCGUGUACCGGCACGACGACUCCGAGAACAGCCGCGACGAGUUCGACUUUGUGGCCUACGAGCAGGGAGAACGAUUGCUGUACGGCACUUUCAGGAUCUCGGUGACGAUGCGCAAUGACAACCCGCCGGUUCGCGUGGUCGACCGGGUGUUCCAGGUUGUAGCCGACUCCGAGCGGCCGCUCACUUCUCAAGACCUGCGCUACGAGGACGUCGACUCGCCCCCGUCACAGAUUCAGUACACACGCCGGGACAUCCCAAACGGGGCCCUGUUUCACGCCGACAAUAUGGCUAGCCAGGUGUACCGAUUCACGCAGGCCGACCUGGACAGCGGGAAGAUAAUCUUCCGGCACAGUGGCGCACCGUCAGCCCGUGCCGUACUAUGGGUGACCGACGGACAGUACUACGCCUCCGGUGUGCUCGAGAUCCGUGCCUCCAAGCCAUUCGUUAGAGUGGCAGUCAAUACGGGACUAGUAGUGCGGCGUGGCGAUGCGGCACCGCUGAGUUCGGCAAACCUGUCUGCGGAGACAAACCUGCGCGCCGGAGCGGGAGCCAUCACCUACAAGGUCACAUCUCAUCCUCGUCGCGGACUGCUCAUGGUUGGAGGUGCCGAGGCCCGGCAGUUCAGCCAGACCGACCUCGAUGCUCAGGCCGUGGAGUACGAGAGCGUGGAUGGUGGUCAGGACUCGGCGCCUGCUGCUGCUGCCUACCAGGACUCGUUCGGAUUCGUGGCCUUCCUCGGAGACACCACGUCGGCGCCGGCCAAUUUUCGGCUCACAGUUUACCCUGACAGCUUCUGGGAACCGUUGGAAGUGUUGCGCAAUGCAACGCUGUUCGUCGACCAUGGUGACGUCGCUGUCCUGAACUCGUCUACACUGCUUGUCAGGCACGAGGCGAUGGAGCCGGCGAACAUCACAUUUACUAUCGUCCAGACACCUGUCUCCGGGCGGCUUCUAUUGGGUGACUAUGCCGCAAGUUCGUUCACGCAGGCAGACGUGAACGCAGGGAUAGUGCGUUACCAGCACACCGGUAAUGGGAGCGAAGACAGCGUAGUGCUCGAGGUUUCUAACGGCAUCGCGUCCCACGAUCGACUCGACCUUUCCGUUCGCGUGGUGCCGCAGGUCAUCCUACUCGAGACGGGCAACGUGAGCGUGCAAGAAGGUGGUCAGGCCACUCUGGACUCGUCGCACAUCAGUGCCGGGCCACUGCGGGAAUUACUUCCUCAACUGUUGGUCGUCGAACCUCCGCAGCACGGCCGCCUAUCGUCGACGGCCUUCUCUCCGGAGCAACUGGACGCAGGGGCGCUCAAGUACCAGCACGAUGGUAGUGAAACGCUCAGGGACUGGUUCACCGUGGUGGCCCGGGGCGCGGGCAGGGAGAGCCUGCCCGGCACGGUGCACGUGUCCGUUCAGCCCGUCAACGACGAGGCCCCUUACAUCGCCAACAACACUGGGCUGGACCUGUGGGAAGGCGCCGUGGCACCCAUCUCUGCCACGCACCUGGCGGCGCUCGACGAUGACUCGGAAGCCUCGCAGCUUCGGUUCCACAUCUCCACACCGAGCAACGGAUACGUGGCCCUAAAGAACGACACGAAGAUCCCACUGUUGUCGUUCACGCAGGAUCAGCUCAACCGCGGACUGGUCGUCUUCGUGCACACCGGUUCACCGGCUGGAGGUUUCAAGUUCCAAGUGACGGACGGUCUCAACCAAGGUUCACCGCACGUCUUCACGGUGAACGCGCGGCCACUGAAGAUUCGCUUGGAGCACAACAAGACGCUGAGUGUCCUUCCGGGAAGCCAGCAGUCAAUCACUCGGGAUCACCUCCUGGCCCGUACAGGAGAUCACACCCGCGACGUAUCGUUCGUCGUCGUUCGCACACCGCGCCUUGGCAGACUCUUACGUGAGAACCCCAGCGACGGCACCCUAGCUCAGCUCAGUCGAUUCACACAGGCCGACAUCGACAACUAUUUGGUUCUGUAUGAACAUAGGUCUCCUAUGUCCGCCCCGGUGGAAUACGACUCGUUUGUUGUCGACUUGGAGACACCCAACGCAGUUCCCGUUAAGAACAUUCUCUUUGCCAUUCGCAUUGCCUUGGAUGAUUCGUUGGCUUCUGUCCUCGGUCAACUUCGCGUGUCCGAAGGAGGAAGGGUACCGUUGUCUUCGGCAUUGGACGUAGGAGCACUAGAGGCUCUCUGGCGUGGCAAACCGGACGUUCCUCCAAGGCUUCGUGUUUGUCUGCUGUCGCAGCCGCUGCGUGGGUGGCUGGAGGUUGAUCAGAAAAACGCUAGUGUACCAGUUUGCAUAUCAGCGCACAGCUUAGAUCGUGUAGUUUACGUGCACGACGAUUCUGAGACCCUGGACGAUUCCUUCGGCGUUGGGUUGUUUUUGACAGCCGCCGAGGGAGACCAUGGGGACAUGGCACUGCACAACAGCACGCUGAAAGUAGCGGUAGAACCGAUUAAUGACAAGCCUUUUAGUUUAGAAACACCGUCCCCCGUAAUCCGCGUAACCAGAGGGUACAGGACGGCUAUCACUCGAGAUACCCUCAGGACUACCGACGAUGACGGAGCUCCCAAUCAAAUUGUGUACAAAGUCGUCAAACAGGAUGAAACUCAAGCGGCAACACUUGUCCUGGGGGAUUCUGACACAUCGAUAAAGAAUUUCACGCAGCAAGAUAUUGAUGAGGGAAGAGUGUACAUAGUCCACAAUGGAGCGCUGAAAUCACCGUUAACCUUUAACUUCAUCGUCAGUGAUGGCGUUCACCCGACCAAACCUUUCAUCCUCACAGUGAACGUAGAGCCAGUAGAGGUUCGUGUUGCCAACGCCACCAACCUCAUCUUGCAACAAGGUGACCUCAGGGCGGUGUUAACUCCGGCUGUCUUUGGUGCCUGGACUAACGCCGACAUGGAUGAUCUCGUUUAUAAUGUCACUUCAGCGCCGCAUCUGGGACACUUGGUGUUUCCGGAUGGAGCCUCGGUGGACGACUUCACGCAAGGUGACCUUGAGCAAGGUCUUGUCAUCUACGAACAGCACGACCUGAGUGGUUCUACUGACUCGUUUUCAAUCGCGGUGCGCUGCGGGCCCAGCGCUGUCGUCAUACGGAAAGUGGAAGUGAAAGUGGAGGCACUCGUGAGGCAACGACCUUUGCAAGCCAUGGCGGGCCGCUCAGCCUUGAUUACUGUGGAUCACUUAGACGCUUCCAAACUGGCGGCGCGUUCUAAUGCCAAUCCCCGGUACAGCGUCACGCGGCAGCCCGUCCACGGCCUUCUGCUCCUCUCCAACGGCACGUCUCAGACGGCCGUCCUGCACUUCACUCACGAGGACGUGCUGAACGAGACCAUCUUCUACCGAGCUCACCGGAGGGACCCUGCAACGGACGCUUCAGGUACCGUCAGAGACCACUUCGACUUCGAACUGACGGCUCCGGGAGUCCAGCCGGGCAGCAGCCGCUUCCUCGUGCACAUCCAGGUGGGCAACGGUUCUCCCGGUUUAGAGGCGACGCCACCUCAGUCACCAACAGCAGUCGCCACGCCCUCGUCCCCGGCGGACAACACGAGCGGAACGGCGACGGACGACCGACCACCGGGCGUCGUGGAGACCGGUUCGAAGGCUCCGCUCCUAACCAACGAGCAUCUUGUGGUGAUUGGCGUGGCCGCCGGUGUGCUACUUCUACUCACGGUCAUCGCUGUGGCCGGAGUCGCGUGCGGAGCGUGUCGCUCCCGGCGUGGAGGCAGCGACAAGUCCGGGGGCAGCGCGCAGUCGUCGUCGCGUGGCGGUCAUCCGCGAGAGGCCUUUCCCGAAGAACUGCCCGCGCCACCAGCCCCGCCGCCCACGUCUCCUUCGAGCAGCAGCAGCGAGCCUGCGCCCACUGUUGUGGCGGCGGCGGCCGGCCCGGACUUGGACUGCCUGCCUCCGCCGCCGUACGCGGAUGGCGGCGCUGCGACUGGGACAGAAGUCAGCCCCGCGGUGCCCACGUGCAAAGUUACGCCCCUGGGACACGUCGAGGCUGCCAAGACACCUUCGGAAGGAGGUGCCAGCGAGAGCGACGACUGGAACGGUGACGUGCGCUUCUCGGCACCUACGACAGUGCUCAGGAAGAACCAGUACUGGGUGUAAGUCAGGGAAGGUGUGGCGCGCUUCCAACAGAGGCCUUUUUAACUUCACUCAUCGACUCAUUUGCAUGUGUGCGUUCGUGAGAGUAUGUGUGCGUUGUACACUGCGUGUCUCCGGUGUCUGUGCACGCUCUUUAGUGGUUUUAUCACCAGCUGGCGUGUACUGUGUGUGGACACUCGUUGUUCCUUCACCUCUACAAUUGCAGUUUAUUGUUCUUUUUUUUACUAGACCGACGGGUCGUCCUGCAGAGGGCCCUCGCGGGCGUGGAGCAGGCUUCAUGGGUGGCGUGCGUGGUGCGUUAGACGUCCCGAAUGACUGCUUCGAGAGACAUACGCAUGUGCUUAUGACACGCCCGGAGUCUCGACUUGUCACUGCCUUAUAGAAAAGCGCAAGGCAAGCAGUGCAAACGUUGUUACAGUUACGGUACACGGUUAAUUGACGACGUAGUUGUUUUUUUUUUUUUUUACCAUGCUCGCAUUUGGCCAUCGCUCGGUGGAAGGAAUGUUUUUAUACGUAUCUCCGUCAUUGCUCAAGAAUAAGAUUGAAGUCAUUGAGGUCACUGGAGUUCUUUGUAGGGCGUCUUGUUAAGAAAGUACAGCGUUUAGGCUCAGAUUAUCUGUAAGGGUGCACACACAAAAAAAGGCAAUUUUUAAGGUCGUCUUGCAUUACAUUGGCCUCACCAAAAUAUGGUAAGGCACUGCAGCAUCCUUUCUAGUUGUUAUUGCCUUUUUUUCACAUUGCUGCAGCGACAGAGGCUGCAAUAGAUAUAUUCGAGCCAUCUACGCUGAAACGUGUAUCGUAUCUCUACUGGCGCGAUGUCAGCAGUGCGCGCAGGCAGAGUUACGAAGUGAGCAAGCUGUUGUUUUUUAUGUUGGCAACGCGAACUUCGCAGGAGUCCUCCAGUGACUUCGGUAAAGCCCGUAUUUCAACUGUCACCAUCAUCUCGCACCAUUCAUGAAGCACGGACGAUCAUAUUGAGCCGCUGCAAAACGGUGAUCUUUUUUCUCUGUGAAAAAUCGCCGUGGCCAUCUACUAUCGCCACGUCGUCAAUGUUAUCCCUGUAAUCUCAAGUCUUCCUCCGCGUACACAGUCUUCGCCGUUCGAUUGGCGAGGUUUCAGUCUUUUCUCUCGCUCAUUUUGUGCUCGCCGAAUUCAUUUGUAGGUUCUGCCAACAAAUCAUUCCAUCUGCUGGUUGUGUAACUAACUCCUCGUGGUAACUGAGAGAGCGAUCUUAUCCCAUUCGUCAAUCAUCCAGUUUCACGAGAUGUCUGGCCAUAGGUGUGCGCAUAGGCGUGCGCAGGGU